AUAAAAGGCGGGGCAGGAGCCGCCCGGAGUCCUCUGUUGACAGCAGGUUGGCGCCACACGGAGCACUAGAAGCAACAGCAGCAGCAGCGUCAGCGGCAGCAGCAGCAGCAGCCACGCCACACCGACAGCAACCACACCACCGCACGCACACACAAACAAAGAUGGUCGCCGUACGCCUCGGUCACUGCUGGCUCGUGGUCCUCGCCGCCUGCAUGCUGGCCCUGUGCUGGCUCGCUGCGGAGACGAGCGCGCAGCCCGCCGGCGAGAAGGAGCGGAUACUAAACGAGCUUGACCAGCUCAUGGACGACGACGGCAGCGUGGAGACGGCCCUCAUGAACUACCUGUUCGCCAAGCAGAUGGUCAGCAAGCUGCGCAAGGAGAUGGACGUGACGGACCUGCAGCGCAAGCGCUCCUACUGGAAGCAGUGCGCCUUCAACGCCGUAUCGUGCUUCGGCUAAGACGCGCGCCGGCCGGCCCCCGCCGCAGCCCCGCGCAGCUCCGAAUGUUUUGUUUACGUUCUAUUCCAAUGUUUUGACUCGGCCCUUAAUCGAGCUGGAAGGAGAUUAGUUUUACGGUAUCGCUAUUAGUCAGCUGCUCCGCCCGCCACCCCACCGCCCUUGCGGACCGACGGCCGGGUGAGCAGGCGCCGCGGUCCGCAGGGUCGCUAGAGUUAAGAGAAAUAAUUAUGCCCUAAGCAGAGUAGACCAGUCACUCGUGUCGGGACCCGACACGUUUCCGAUAAUGUUUGUUUCCUUUAUGUCUGUUCUCUUGUGAUUACCACCCUGUUCAACCGGAGAAGAGUGUGCAGCGUUCAACUGAAAUAAAUUCCUUGCU